AUAAAGUCACCAACUGCCAUAUAAUUUAUACAUCACAAAUUUCUCGAAGGCAAUUUUUGAACUAGUCAUGAACAACCUCAUCACCAACAACUCCAUGAUGAUCAUGAACAAGAAGAGGAAGAAAACUCAAGGCCGCAAGAAGAUCGAGAUAAAAAAGAUCGAUAAGGUUAGCAACAGGCAAGUGACGUUUUCAAAACGUCGUAAUGGUUUGUUCAAAAAAGCGAGCGAAUUUUGCAUUUUGACGGGCGCGGAGGUAGCCAUCAUGGUCCAAUCCUCCGGAAAGCGCCUAUUCACCUUCGGCCACCCUAGUGUGGAUGGACUGAUCGACCGUUACGUUAACGGUUCAUCGUCCUCGUCGUCAACAUCAAUAUCGUCGAGGAGGGUUAGUAAUAGCAACAAUACUACAAACCCUACCCCGAUCAGCGCGGCCGAGAUCAAUGCACACGACGCGGAUUAUGCUAGACUUUGUCAAGAAUUAGAGAUCGAGAAGAAGAAAUUGGAACAACAAGAGAAGGCGAAUUCAAAGAAUUUCGGUAGCAAUGAUUAUUGGUGGGAUAAACCGAUAGAGAACAUGGGAUUGGAGGAGCUUGAGCAGUAUGCACUUGCAUUGGAAGAGUUGAAGAAAAAUGUUUUGACUAGUGCUGAUGAAUUGGCUUUGUUGAAGAAAUCCCAUAAUGUGGGAAUUAUGAACGUUGAUUUGAAUCAAAUCACCACCACUACUUCUAAUUCAAUUGGUGGUGGGGCGGCUGGUUGUGAAGUGGAUUUGAAUUUCAAUCAGCAGGUUUCGUCCUCCGCCAACUCCAUCCUCUCUUAUGGUUUUGGCAUAUGAUCAUCUUUUUGGGGGAA